AUGUUGAAAUUCAAACUCAUCGACUACCUGACUUGUUAUAUUCCCGCGUCAAACAUUGUCAUCGGAGUUACACGAGCAUAUAGCCUCUUUUAUCGCUUUUUGGCAAAAGCAGUGAAAUACUUCACCCAGAGUCGAUUAAUUCUGCUGCGAGCGCUAGAGGAGUUCGAAGGGAAGUGUUGCUAUCUACCAUUCUUCUUUUGUACACAACUCAUACUCAAUGCAGGUGUCCUUAUUCUCACCACCAACAGAAUUGGCACUUUCGACGAGGCCUUCAAGUCACGAAUCCAGCUGAUAAUUCACUACAAGCCCUUUACCAAUGCGCUGAGACUCGAGGUCUGGCGCAAAUCCUUCAGGCAUCUAAGGGACCUGGGUGAGCAGGCUGUAGAUUUCGAGGACCUAGACGACCACAUUGACGAGCUGGCGGAACUGGAAAUGAAUGGGAGGGAGAUUCGCAAUGCGAUCACGACGGCACGACAUCUUGUUCAAUACACUGGGCAUAGAUUUAUAUUCGAACAUCUGAGGCAUGUGCUCAGUUUUCGGGAUAACUUUGAAAAGAAUCUGAAGGAGGUAUACGGUGGAAUUUCGGAUCGUGAUAUAGCAAGGGACAGUGGGCUAAGAUGA